UAUUAAUUGAGAUCAAACUUUCACGUGAUAAAAAAAGCUAAUCGACGGCUUGGAUUGUUUUUCGACAACCUUCCUCUAUUAAAUGACCUCACCUGUGUGUAUAUAAUGCAGCGUCUUCACUUCUCAUCACCAGCUCAUAAUAAAUCUGGAGAAAAACAAAUCUCGAUAUUUUCUUCUCUUUCGAUCGUAGAAAACAAACCUAAGGGUCUCCGAAACCAAUCGAGAAAACUAUGCUUCUACGGAGCGCGUCGACGCCAGUUCUCAACUCGUUGGUUCAUGUCUCGAGUCCAAGGGAAUCUCCAGUCGAGGCCGAAUCUGUUCAUCAGAUUCAACGGCCCAGAUCACUGAAGCUCUCCGCGUCUCCCUCUUGCUGUUACAGCCCGAUGUCUGUGCACUCCAGCGACGAAUCUACGAGGAGGAUGAAAAGGACGGCGUCAGAGAGCGAUCUACGGCAUCUGACAUCGACGAAGCCAUCGAGUAAGUUCCUCAGCGGUGCUCUGAUGGAGGACGUCGAAGAAGGAAUCGGAUUCGGCCUUCUGCGCACGUCGUCUUACGAUGGUGACUUAGGGUUGAGUUGGGGAUUGGAGGAUGAUACUGAGGUUAGUGGCGGUGGUGGUGGGAAGAUUCACGGCGGAGGAAAGGGAAGAAGUGGCGGCAGAUCGGAGAGUGGUGAUGGAGACGGAGGCAACGAUAGCACAGAUGUUCACUAUCGCAAGAUGAUUGAAGCAAAUCCUGGAAACGGGAUUUUUCUCAGCAAUUACGCCAAAUUCUUGAAAGAGGUUCGAAAAGAUUACUUGAAAGCAGAGGAAUAUUGCGGGAGAGCUGUUCUGGUGAACCCUAACGAUGGGAAUGUUCUGGCCAUGUACGCGGAAUUGGUGUGGACGAUCCAUAAGGAUUCAUCUCGUGCUGAGUCGUACUUCAAUCAAGCUGUUGCAGCUGCUCCUGAUGACUGUUAUGUGCAAGCUUCAUAUGCUCGAUUUCUUUGGGAUGCUGAAGAGGAAGAUGAAGGGGAAGAGGAGGAGAAGGAAGAGAGACACCAACAAGAGCUUGAGCCUCAAACUUCUCGGAUGAAUUUCUUCACGGGACCUUCUCCAAUUACGGCCAUGUCUUAACUCAUUCCCUCGGCAUCUCCCUUUUUAUAGAUUUAGAUAAAACGUGCGUGUGUCGUCUAUGAUCUAUCUAACCCUUUUUUGUUUAAUGUGAAUUCUUUAUUGUUGCCUUUUCAUGGGUAUUUCUCUUUGCUCAGUGUUAAGAAUUUGUCUCAGUUGUAGUAGUAAUACCACUGGAAGUAAAAUAAGACAUGGAAUGAAAAAGUUUUGCUUUUUGAUUGGAUGUAAAUAAAUUGGGGCUUUUGGUAUUUUCUUGACACAAUAUUGCAGUGUGAUCUUUGAGACAAUCGAGCGAAAUUCAGAUUUCAGAUUUCAGGGUAUCUGAUUUUUAGAUGAAAGUGAGUGGUCUAGAAUUGAGCCAC